AUGAAAACUACCUUCCUCACCAUUGCCGCCUUGACAAUUGGAACCAAAGCUUAUGAAUGUCGCACCGACGUCUUUUCCGGCCUGAUCCCCAGUAAUGCUACUCUGAACUACGCCACUUAUAUCGCGGAGAAUGGUACUUUCGGCGAUGAAUGGGCGGCUGGCAACGCGACAUACCUUCCAGAAGGUUGCGCAGUAGGAUUCAAAGUUCCAACAGAAAAUUCAUCCUACUUCCAUGUGGCACUCUAUCUGCCAUACAAGUGGAAUAACCGCUUCAUGACCACCGGCAAUGGAGGUUAUGGUGGCUUCACAAAUUGGCCUGUCAUUGGCCAGCUGUCACAGUAUGGAUUUGCGACAGUCUCGACUGAUACCGGUCAUCGAUCUGGUCACGAUGGUGGUCGUUGGGCGUUGAACAACCCGGAAGGUAUUAUUAACUGGGGCUGGCGUGCCCUCCAUUCCACCGUAUUAAUCGCCAAGGAUAUUGUUCACCAAUACUACAAUCAUCCAAUCUCCUACUCCUACUAUGCUGCUUGCUCUACAGGCGGUCGUCAGGGCCUGAAGGAAAUUCAAGAGUUCCCGGAUGACUUUGAUGGCGCCUUGGUCGGUGCUCCCGCUUGGUGGAUGAAUCAUCUUUCGCCGUACAACGCGUGGCUAAGUAACAAUAAUCUGCCAGCCAAUGCGUCUUACCAUAUCACAGCCCAGCAAAUAGCUGCUCUGGCCAAAGAAGCCAUGGUUCAAUGUGAUCCCCAAGAUGGCAUUAUCGACAAUAUUAUUUUGGACCCUAAGGCUUGCAACUUUAACAUUAACGCACUAAGUUGCUCUGCUGCUGGAAGCAACGCUAGCAUGUGCUUCAACGACGAUCAAUUAAAGCUCGCUAAAACAGUUGUCAGAGACUGGGUUCACAAUGACGAAUUGAUCUUUCCCGCAUACUCACUAGGAGCUGACCUUACGCCGAUUCUUAAUGUGGCCGAUAAACCGACUCCCCUAGGCUCAGACUGGAUCCUUUAUUUCCUCCUCAAUGCCACUAGCUACGACUGGUCUAAGUUAAACGAGAGUAUUGUUGAUCUCUCGGACUACAUUGACCCCGGUAAUGCACAGGCCGACCAGUACGACAUCAGCGCCUUCGCCCAGAAAGGAGGCAAGCUCAUCCACUACCACGGAUACGCCGAUGGAAUUAUUCCCACCGAGGCCAGCCGCGUUUACCGGGACCGAACAAGCAAGGCCAUGACCGCGGCGGGUUAUAAUAUUGACGACUUCUACCGCUUCUUCUAUAUCCCUGGUAUGGGACACUGCUCCGGCGGUGCUUACGCCCCUUGGUAUAUAGGAGCUGCUUACCAGGCGAAGGCCAUGAAAAAUAUUCCUGCCGGUGUUCCCGGUUACAAUGACCGCUACCAUGACGCUGUAUUAGCCCUAAUUGCCUGGACUGAAAACGGAACCCCCCCAGACUAUCUUGUUGGUACAAAAUUCGAAGACGAUGAUGGCUCCAAACCGGUCUUGCGUCAGCGCCCCAUCUGCCCCUACCCCCAGAAGGCCACAUAUGUGAGUGGUGAUGUGAACUUGGCUAGUAGCUGGACCUGUGCUUCAACGAACCGAGAAGCAAUACCUCCCCGAUCUUAA